AUGUCGUGGAGUGUAGGAUUAGGUGGCAGGAUGACAGCUGCCAAACUCCUCCUUCCUUUCCUCUUUCUGCACUCAUUUUGUGAAGGAUCCAAUCAGCCACCGCGUUUUCUGAACUACUUCUUCUCGACCUACCUUCUCAUCUAUGAGGACACGCCUAUUGGUUCGUCUGUGGCCCAGCUUAAGGCGACUGAUCCGGAGGGGGAGCCCCUCAUGUACGGGGUUUCAGGAGAAGAAGCCAUGAGGUAUUUUUCCGUGAACAGGGAGACCGGUGUGGUCUGGCUUCGACAGCAGCUCGACCGUGAGGCCAAGUCAGAGAUGCAGGUGGAGUUUUACGUGAGUGACAUUCAAGAGGUGGUCAAAGACACAGUAAACAUCCAGAUCGGAGACGUCAACGAUAAUGCGCCAAACUUCCACGGGCAGCCUUACACUGUUCAAAUCCUAGAGGACACACCUGUGGGCAGAUCCAUAUUCAUGGUGAAUGCCACAGAUCCAGACCAGGGCACCGGUGGAAGCAUUCUCUUCUCUUUCCAACCCCCAUCUCCCUUCUUCUCCAUUGAUGGAGCUCGAGGUACCGUCACUGUGGUCAGACCUCUGGACUAUGAGACCACCUCGGCGUACCAGCUCACUGUCAAUGCUACGGAUCAAGACAAAGUGAGACCCCUGUCACGGCUUGCCAACUUGGCUAUCACUAUCACUGAUAUCCAAGACAUGGAUCCCAUCUUCACCAAUCUGCCCUACAGCACCAACAUAGAAGAGGAUGUUCCCAUGGGAUAUGAGGUGCGGAAGAUAACAGCCAUUGACCAGGAUCUGGGCCGACCAAGAGGAAUCGGCUACACCAUCAUCUCAGGAAACACCAACAGCGUUUUCGCCCUCGACUACAUAAGUGGGUCGCUGACAGUGAACGGCCAGCUGGACAGAGAAAACCCACUCUACUCAUCAGGAUUCACUCUCACUGUCAAGGCCACAGAGUUGAAUGACGACCGCAGUCCAUCAAAGGCGACGGUGAUGACCACCUUCACCAUCCUGUUAAUCGACAAGAAUGACAAUGCCCCAAAGUUCAACAGCUCAGAGUACCGGGUCCACAUAACCGAAUUAGCCCAGGUGGGCUUUGCCCUGCCGCUCUUCAUCCAGGCAGAAGACAAGGACGAGGGGGUGAACAGCAUGUUCCAGGUGUUCCUGACUGGAAACAAUUCAGAGUACUUCACCAUCUCCCCCACCGCGGUACAAGGGCGUGCCGACAUCCGGAUGAGGGUUGCCAUGCCUCUCGACUACGAAAGAAUUCGCAGCUACAGCUUUUCACUUUAUGCCAAUGAGUCCAUGUCUGACCAUGUGGGAUUCGCACGCGUCUUUAUCGAACUAAUCAAUGAGAAUGAUAACCGGCCCAUCUUCAGCAGACCAGUCUACAACAUCAGCCUUCCUGAAAACACUCCUCCCGGUACAUCAUUGCUGCGUAUCCGGGCUACAGAUGGAGAUGCAGGCACUUUUGGGACUGUGCGUUACUAUUUCAGUGACGAACCUGACCAGUUUUCGUUGGACGAUGAAACAGGCUGGGUCAUUCUGCAGGCCAGCCUUGACUAUGAGUUAAUGCGCCGUUUCACGCUGACGGUGCUGGCCAGGGACGGCGGGGGAGAGGAGACGACCGGACGGAUCCGAGUCAAUGUGCUGGACGUCAACGACAAUCCGCCGCUCUUUCAGAAGGAGGCGUACGUGGGCUCGCUUAACGAGAACGAACAGACCGUCCAGUCUGUGGCACGCAUUCGGGCUACAGACGAGGACUCUCCACCCAACAACUUCUUGACGUACACCAUCACUUCAGCUUCAGCCUUUCAAGAUUACUUCAGCAUCAUCAUGGUGGAAGGCUAUGCAGUGAUCAGUGUAACCAGGCCGCUCGACUACGAGAAGAUCCCCAGAGGGAUGAUCUAUCUGACAGUGAUGGCCAAAGACGGGGGAAACCCACCACUCAACGGCACCGUCCCUGUCACAGUGGAGGUGAUAGAUGAAAAUGACAACCCACCCGAGUUCAGCCAGCAGUCUUACAUCGUCAAAAUCCCAGAGAACAUUAUCGCCGGGGCAACGGUGGUGCUUGUGAACGCCACUGAUUUGGACGCCUCGCGGGAGUUUGGCCAGGCUUCACUCAUCUACUCCCUGGAGGGCUCGUCUCAGUUCCGUCUCAACUCACGCUCAGGUGAGAUCACCACCACCGCCUUGCUGGACCGAGAGCAGAAGUCGGAGUACAUCCUGAUAGUCAGAGCUGUUGAUGGAGGAGUUGGACCACAGCAGAAGACCGGCAUUGCUACGGUGAACAUCACCAUCCUUGACAUCAAUGACAAUGCUCCGGUGUGGCGAGAUGAGCCGUACCGUGCCAACGUGGUGGAGAUGAGUCCCAUAAACACGGAUGUUAUCUCUGUGUUGGCUGUGGACCCUGACAACGGAGAAAACGGGACGGUUACAUACAGCAUCAGUCCAGAAAACCCGUUCUACACCAUCCACAGCAGAACAGGAAAGAUCCGCACCAGCGGCGUCACUCUUGACAGGGAGAGCUCAAAGUCCUCCGACGCAGCACUUAUGAGAACCAUCAUCAUCUCAGCUGUUGACCGUGGCUCCCCUCCGCUGCACGCCUCUGCCAGCACCACAGUGCUCGUCAACCUGCUGGAUCUCAACGACAACGACCCGACCUUCCUCAACCUGCCCUUUGUUGCUGAAGUACCAGAAGGGCUGCCUGUCGGGGCCUCGUUUUUUAGGGUCCAGGUGGAGGACCCAGAUGAGGAUAAGAACGGUCUGAUUACCUUGGCGUUACAGAUGGGAAUGCCCCGCCUGGACUUCUACCUCAACACAUCCACCGGAGUUCUCACCUCCACAGCCGUCCUGGACCGCGAGGAGAUCGGACAGUACCAUUUGAGGAUUGUUGCGUACGACGCUGGGAGGUUCCCACGGACCUCGACUUCAACCCUCACCGUCACAGUUCUGGAUGUAAAUGAUGAGACGCCCACCUUCAACCCGCGCAUGUACAAUAUUUCGCUGAAGGAGAGCGUCCCCAGAGAUCACACUGUAGCACGCCUCAGCUGCUCUGACAAUGAUGCCGGUCUCAAUGCCGAACUUAGCUACUUCAUCACAGAUGGCAACCAGGAUGGUAAAUUCAGCGUGGGCUUCAGAGAUGGAGUUGUGAGGACAGUGGUUGGCCUCGACAGAGAGAACCAGGCUGCAUACAGGCUCAUCGUAGAAGCUAUAGACAACGGUCCAGCAGGCAGCCGAAGGACGGGCACCGCCACGGUAUUUAUUGAGGUGCAAGAUGUUAAUGACAACAGGCCAAUCUUCCUGCAAAACAGCUAUGAGACGAGCAUUCUGGAAAGCGUGCCCCGAGGAACGAGCAUCCUUCAGGUGCAGGCAACGGAUGCAGAUCAGGGGGAGAAUGGCAGAGUUUUGUACAGGAUUCCUACUGGGAACAGCAACAACCUGUUCAACAUUGACAGACGGACUGGGCUGGUUACGAGAGGCCUCAGGCCUCUGGACAGAGAAACCAGCAGCUCCCACGUGUUGGAGGUGGAGGCCUACAACAGUGACGAGGGCAGCAUGAGGAGCUCCGUGAGGGUGAUCGUAUAUGUUGACGACGCCAAUGAUGAAGUGCCAGUUUUUACCCAGCAGCAGUACAACCGCCUGGGCUUGAGGGAGACGGCCGGCAUCGGCACCUCAGUGAUCGUGGUGCGAGCCACGGACCCAGACACCGGUGACGGUGGAGCCGUCGCCUAUGCCCUCGUAUCCGGCUCAGACCGCAAGUUUGAGGUGGAUGUGAGCACAGGUCUGGUGACCACCGUGGACUACUUGGACUACGAGACCAAGACCACGUACCUCAUGAACGUGUCGGCCACCGACCAGGCUCCACCGUUCCACCAAAGCUUCUGCACCGUCUACGUCACGCUGCUCAACGAGCUGGACGAGGCCGUAGCCUUCUUCUCCGCCGGCUACGAGGCUUCGCUCCGGGAGAAUAUCGCCACGGGGACGGAGGUGGUCCAGGUCCAGGCCCAGUCUGCCGACAACCUGAACCAGCUGACCUACCGGUUUGACCCCGACACGUCUCCCGCGGCCCUGGCCCUCUUCAAGAUAGACAGCGUCACGGGCCGGAUCACGGUGACGGGCCUGCUGGACAGGGAGAAGGGGGACUUGUACAGCCUGACCGUCGUAGCUGAUGAUGGGGGACCGAAAAAAGACUCCACCGUGAAGGUGUCCAUCACCAUUGUGGAUGAAAAUGACAACAGUCCGGAGUUUGACAUUACCUCCGAUACUUCUGUCAGCAUCCCAGAAAACACACCCAUGGGGAAAAAAGUGGCGGUUGUGCUGGGAAAAGACAGAGACGCUGGAUUAAACGGACUGGUCAAUUUCACUCUGGUGGCAGGAAACAUGGAGGAUGUGUUCAAGAUCAAGACGGUGAACAACAGCUACGGGGAGGUUUAUGUCAACGCUCCUCUGGACAGAGAGUCAGUAGAUCGCUACCUACUAAAGGUGCGUGCCGCUGAUAAUGGCUCACCUCCCAGACACACAGACCUCUCGCUCACUAUCAACAUCCUGGACGUCAACGAUAAUACGCCUGUUAUUGAUAGCCAGAGGGGAUACAACGUCAGCGUUAGCGAGAACGUGGGCGGAGGUACGUCGGUCCUGCGUGUGAUGGCUACUGACCGAGACAUCGGUCCCAACGCCAUGUUGUUUUACUACAUCACCGCCGGAAACGAGGACCUGACCUUUCGCAUGGACCGAAUGACGGGCGAGAUGGUGACCCGCCCAGCUCCCCCGGACCGGGAGCGGCAGCAAGAGUAUCGACUCACGGUGACAGUGGAGGACGACGGCACGCCGCCACUCUCGACCUCGACCACCAUCCAUGUUCGCAUCGUGGACGAGAACGAUAACGCUCCGGAGUUCCCUGAGGAGGAGUACGUCACGGUGCUGAGCGAGGGACCAGAGACGGUGGGAGCCACCAUCGCUACGGUAACUGCCAUCGACCCGGACGAGGGUCUAAACGGCACGCUGAGAUACGCCAUUGCUCAGGGCAACGUAAUCCAGACCUUCAACAUCGACAGCUUCACCGGGAGAAUCAUCGCCGUAAAGGAGUUGGACUACGAGAUCAGCAGUGGUCAUUAUGCACUGGUUGUCACGGCUACUGACCAGUGUCCAAAGCCUGCUCUGCGCUUGACAUCAAGCACAACAGUGCUGGUGAACGUCUUAGACGUGAACGACGUCACGCCAACCUUCCCCAGAGCCUACGAGGGCCCGUAUGACGUAGCAGAGGGCCAGCCGGGGCCCCGGGUCUGGACCCUCAGGGCCAGCGAUGAAGACUCUGGGCUCAAUGGAAAAGUGGAGUACAGCAUCACUGGAGGAGAUUACCAGAAUGAAUUCAUGAUCUCUCCUGUGGAGGGAGAGCUCCGGGUGAGGAAAGAUGUGGAGCUGGACAGAGAGACAACAGCCUUCUACAACAUCACGGUUACAGCUCGAGACCUGGGAACUCCAUCUCUCAACAGUUCGGUGGUGGUGGGUGUCCACGUCCUGGACAUCAACGAUAACGACCCGGUCCUCCUGAACCUUCCCCACAACACGAGUGUGAGCGAGGGCGCUUCCAUACACACCUCCGUGGCGAGAAUCCAUGCACGGGACGCAGACAACGAGCGCAACGCGCUGCUCACUUAUAACAUAACGGCUGGAAACCUGGGAGGAGCCUUCUACAUCAACGACACGACAGGUGUGGUGAAGGUGAACAGACCCCUGGACAGAGAGCGAGUGGCGGAGUACACACUCACCAUCACCGUCAAGGACAACCCCGAGAACCCGCGCAUCGCCCGCAGGGACUCAGACUUCUUGGUCAUCACCAUCCUGGAUGAGAACGACAACAGACCCAUCUUCACCCAGACCAGCUACAGAGCAGAAAUCACAGAGAACUCUGCAGCAGGCAGCACCAUAACUGUUUUAAAUGGGCCCAUUCUGGCUGAGGACAAAGAUAUCGGACCUAAUUCUGUGGUGAAGUACCGCCUGCUGGGAGCGAGGGUGGACCUCUUUACUGUUGAUGCUCAUACUGGUGUCAUAUCUGUGCGUCAGGGAGCUAGAUUGGACCGCGAAGCAUUUCAGGAGCCUCGGGUGGAGCUGAUUCUGGUCGGGGUGGACGUAGGAGGCUUAAACAACAGUGUCCCCCUCACAGUUACGGUCCUGGACCAGAAUGACAACCCGCCUGUCUUCAGUCCCUCCAGUUUCAGUGUCCGACUCCCCGAGAGCAGCCCCACCGGCGUGGUGGUGACUCAGCUCUCCGCCACCGACGCCGACUCUGGCUCCAACGGCUGGCUAAUGUACCGGCUAGAAAGCGGAGCCCAGGACCGAUUUGUGGUCGACCCGCUUUCUGGCGCCGUCCUGGUGGGCAACACCACACUCGACAGGGAAGAGCGCGGGUCCUACCGCCUCGUUGUCAUGGCAACAGACCGUGGCACGCCGCCUCUGUCGGGCACGGCCGCCCUGACCGUCAUCCUGGAUGACGUCAAUGACUCCCGGCCGCGCUUUCUAGAGCCUUUGACCAUGAUCAACGUGAACGAGUCCACCCCACCUGGUGUGGUGGUCGCCACUCUGACCGCCGAGGACCCCGACCUGCAUCCCAGGCUGGAGUAUUACAUCAUUUCAGUGGAGGCAAAGGAUGAUGGGAACAACCCCGUGGACGGCCUGCAGGAGUCCUUCGGCAUUGAUUUACACACAGGUGCAGUAUUUGUGCGCAAUCCACUCAACAGAGAGUUGGUGGCAACAUUUGAGAUCAUCGUGUCCGUCCAUGACAACGCCAGCGAGGUCAUUGACAAGUCAGGCAGCGUUCCCAAUGCGAGACUAACCAUCAAUGUCUUGGACGUGAAUGACAACGCACCUCGUUUUCGACCCUUCGGAGUGACAAAUUUCACAGAGAAGAUUCUGGAAGGAGCCCAGCCAGGAACAACGCUGCUCUCGGUGUCAGCUGUAGACCCGGAUAAAGGUCCCAAUGGCCAGGUCAUCUACCAGCUGCUCCACCUGCCCCGGGGGGGCUACGUCAGGCUGGAGGACCCCUCAACUGGAAAAAUCGUGGCCAACCAGACGGUGGAUUUUGAGCAAAUACAGUGGCUGAAUUUCACCAUACGGGCUCAGGACCACGGUUCCCCUCCCAGGAGUGCUGAGCUGCCGGUUUAUCUGCGCAUAGUGGAUGUCAAUGACAACAACCCAGUAUUUCUCCAGCCCUCCUACCAGGAGCCGGUAUUUGAGAACACAGAUCUGGGCACCACCGUGGCUCGCGUCAAAGCUACAGAUGCCGACUCCGGCCUCUUCGCCGUCAUUGAGUACAGCCUAGUAGACGGCGAGGGCAAGUUCGGCAUCAAACCAUCUACUGGAGAGAUCUACAUCCUUUCCCCUCUGGACAGGGAGACAAAGGACCACUACACUCUGACCGCGGUGGCUCGAGACAACCCUGGUGGAAGCCCCAACAACAGAAGAGAGAACUCUGUCCAGGUCCUGGUGACGGUUCUGGAUGUCAACGACUAUCGGCCACGCUUCUCGAGGCGAGUGUACAACACCAGUGUGUUUGAGAACGAGCCCAGCGGUACGUCUGUGAUAACGGUCACGGCUGUCGACCUGGAUGAGGGAGAGAACGCUGCCAUCCUCUAUAGCAUGCUGGGACCACAUCUAGAUGCGUUCUACAUGGAUCCGAACACCGGACUGGUCCGUUCUCGCCGUCUGCUUCAGUCUUCUGAGCAUUUCAACUUCACGGUGGUGGCUACAGACCAGGGACGUCCCCCCCUGUGGGGAACCGCAGACCUGGUCAUCACAGUCAUAGACGUGAACGACAACAGGCCUGUGUUCGUCAGGCCGGCUAACGGGACCAUCAUCCACAUCUCCGAGGAGAAAGCUCCGGGCCUGGUGGUUUACGAGGUGCAUGCAACAGACUCGGACGAGGGAGUGAACGGAGAGGUGCGCUACGCCUUCCUGCAGACGGGAGCAGGGAACAGAGACUGGGAGAACUUCCACAUCGACGCCAUGACCGGCGUCAUCACCACCACUGUGAAACUGGACAGGGAGAAACAGGCCCUCCACAGCCUUAUCAUUGUGGCCCGGGACAUGGGCCAGCCAGUGCCUUACGAGACCACGCAGCCGCUGCUGGUGGCGCUGCUGGACAUCGAUGAUAAUGAACCCGUCUUCCUCAAACCACCACGCGGCAGCCUGCCCUACCAGAAGCUCAGAGUGCCUGAACACUCCCCUCCAAACACGGUGGUGGGGAACAUAACCAGAGCCGUAGAUGCCGACGAGGGAUCCAACGCCAUCGUCUACUAUUUCAUUGCAGGAGGAAACAGCGAUGGAAACUUUGGCCUGAGUCUGGACGGAGAGCUGAAAGUGCUCAAGGACCUGGACAGGGAGGAGACUCCCGUCUACUUCAUCAUCAUCAAGGCUUCCAGCAACAAAAGCUGGACCUCUCCCAGGGGUCAGCGGGCCUUACGGGCCAAAGCCAUGGACCCCGCUCACAACCCAAGCCUGCUGGAAGUCCGAGUUGAACUGGAGGACAUCAAUGACCAGACGCCGCGCUUCACAAAAGCAGAAUACACUGCAGGAGUGGCAGCGAAUGCCAAAGUGGGUUCAGAGCUGAUCAAGGUGGUGGCCACAGACACCGACAUCGGCAACAACAGCAUCGUGCUGUACCACAUCGUUACCAUCCGCUACUUCCAGUCCCAGAGCAACGGCAGUGAGGACGUCGGCAGUGUCUUCACCAUCGGUCUGACCGACGGCAUGAUCCGCACCUACGACCUCUUCACGGCCUACAGUCCCGGAUAUUUUCAGCUGGAGAUUUUGGCUCGCGACUACGCCGGACACAGCACGACCACCAACGUCAACAUCUACAUCCUGCGGGACGACCAGCGGGUCAAGAUAGUCUUUAACGAGAUCCCCGACGUGAUCCGUGACAACCAGGAGGAUUUCCUCAACCUGCUGUCCAACAUCACCGGUGCCAUCGUAAACCUGGACGACAUACAGUUCCACGUGGACAAGAAGGGAAGGGUGAAUUACGGUCAGACCGACAUGCUCAUCCACGUCGUCAACAAUCAGACCAACACCAUCCUCGACGUUGAAAGAGUAAUCCAGAUGAUCGAUGAGAACAAGGAGCAGCUGAGGAGCCUGUUCAGGACACACAACGUGGUGGACGUUCAGCCGGCUGUUGGAGACCAACUUCCCGACGACAUCUCCACGCUGCAGCUGGUCAUCAUUAUCCUGGCGGUGCUGCUGUGCCUGGCAGGAGUUUUGUUUGUAACAAUGAACUGGCAUUAUCGCAGAGUACACCAGAGGAAGCUGAAAGCGAUCGUUGCAGGAUCGACAGGAAACCAGGGUCUAAUGGACAUCCUGGACAUGCCCAACACUAACAAGUACUCCUUUGAGGGGGCUAACCCGGUGUGGCUGGACCCGUUCUGCCGUAACCUGGAGCUGGCCGCUCAGGCCGACCACGAGGACGACCUGCCCGAGAACCUGAGUGAGAUCACGGACCUCUGGAACAGCCCGGCGCGCACUCAUGGCACCUUCGGGCGAGAGCCUCAGGCGAGGCCCGAGGACGACCGCUACUUGAGAGCAGCCAUUCAGGAGUACGACAACAUCGCCAAACUGGGCCAGAUCAUGAGGGAGGGGCCUAUCAAGGGUUCGCUGCUCAAAGUGGUCCUGGACGACUACCUGAGGCUGAAAAAGCUCUUUGCAGCGCGACUUGUCACCGUAUCCACCAGCCAGGGAGAUCAGUCAUCGGUCACUGAGCUCAUCCAGAGCGACCUGGACGAAGACGAGGAUGAGCAUCUGGGCAUGGGUGGAGGUCGCGGUACGAUGCGCUUCAAGCACAAGCUUCCCGUGGAACUGAAGGGGCCCGAAGGCGUGCACGUGGUCCACGGCAGCACGGGCACGCUCCUGACCUCUGACCUCAACAGCCUGCCGGAGGACGACCAGCGGGCGCUGGCGCGCUCUCUGGAGGCGCUGAACGCCGACGGGGGGCUGUACUCAGAACGCAACGCCCGCACAGAGUCGGCCAAGUCCACGCCGCUGCACCGCCACAAGGACGGGGACGCGCUGUCGGAGAGUCCGCUGGAGAUCACGGAGUUAUGACUAGCCGAGGCCUCGCUGGUCUGAGAGCAACCACGACUCGUGUCCUCGUUGCUCCAAACCCAGACCCUGAUGUGGUUGGGAAGGACGGGGGAGUGUGUGUAGUCUAGUCUAAUCCUCAUCAGCACAUCCGUCAAACACCUUGGAUACGGCACUGAAGACGGUCACGUUGCACACUCAAGUGCUCGGUGAUGUUUAGGGCAUCGUAAGCUCCCUGGACGACCCUCGUCUUCAGCCAGAAAAACAAAUCAGCCGGUGUCAUCAGAGGGGCAUUGGGAAGAAAUGACUGAGCCUCGGAAAACCCGGACCGUAAAACCGUCAACAGGUGCCUCAGUAACGAAACCUUCAGUCAUCCUGGACUGCAGACACUCACAGAAACUACAUUACACACACUGGAAGAAAAAAAAGAAAGAAACUACGCGCUCAGACCAGCAGACGGCCGACAAUGGGACUGAAAAAAUAAUGCAGUCACGCUGCAACUUUCAAAAUGAUGCAGUGUUGAGGGGCUGUAGAAGUGAGGACUUUCUCACAGACGCAUCUUGUUCAGAAAUGAUCUAUGAACACUUCCUUCUAACAUAGGGACUUCUGCUAAUCCCCCAGUGACAAUUAAGAGGACAGUUUUUAUUUGUCGCAGAGGAAGAGUGGCCUUGCCAUCAUAGUAGUUUAAAAUCAACUAUUUUUGAUGAAAGGAAAAAGAUGAAACCUCUGGAAGCGCAGCAGGAGCCUGCUCCACCUCUCCAUCCUCAGUCACUAACACUCGUACACCAGGGGUCCUCAACUCCAGCUCCACAAAGGAUGGAAGCGGUCAGAGGAGAAAAUACAAAUAAGAUUCAAAGGACAAUUCAAAAAGAGAAAAAAAAAAGUUAUAAAUGGAGGAUUUUAUAGAAAUAAAGAUGGCUUUGUGCCCAGAGACUUUACACUGCCACGUGAGGGAGUAAAAGUCAUGCUCAGAAUAAACAGUUUUGCUUUAUUUUUUCCAUUUUAUACUAAAAGUAUGAAAUUUAAAAAAAAAUAUUUUUUUGAAGAAAAAUGCUGGCUUACCAAAACAGGUAAACGAUGUUGGAUGUUUGGAGUAUGAGUAUUGUGAUAUGGUGACACGUCUGUUUGUUUCCCUUUAUAUGACAACUGAUGCUUCUGAUGAGUGGUGUAUUUUGAGAGUUUUAUUUUUUUUAUAUUCCCAUUUUGUAAACUUUAAUUUGUCAUUGUCACCAGCCUGGCCUGAGAUCUAUGUUGGAAAAUGUUGUGGGAUGAUCUGUGAUAAUAAAAGAAAUAUGCAAUGGCCUCUGUUCUCAGUCGAUGGAAUCAGAUGUUUAGUGGAUCAGAGUGAAGGAAGGAGAAGAGAGACAACUGGAGAUAUUUAAUUCUGAUGUGUUGCUGCAAAAACACCAUCCUUUUUUUUCCAUCCAAGCACAUUAAUGUGACAGCUGGUACAUACUGCCAUCUAGUGUUUGAUAACUGUAAACAUGUUCCAGUGAGAAAUAAAUACAA